UCCGGGUCACUAUAGAUUACGACGGACAUGCUCGGGGUCUAUCAGUCUCUGAUCUGAGCACCUCUUGAGUCUUACACUUCAAACAGUAGAAGAAGCGUUUGGGUUUGGUUUUUUUUUCAGUGAAGUGUGUUCUACCUGUGCUCAGAGCACCAUGUCUGUGCCAGGGCUCCUCCGCUGCAUCCUCCUGCUCUCCAUCGCCGGGAUUCUACUCCUCUCAGAUUCUUCUGCGAGGAGAAUCAGAGUCCGAAGACAGAAUAUGAAGGUUCGGAUUAACGCCACUGGUGACACGAUUGUCCUGAAGUUCCUCCGACCCAACCCUGAUAUCAAGCUUGAGGGCUAUAUUCUGGGCUAUGGCUCUAGCAUGUUCUCCAAGCAGUUCAUCCAGCUUCCACAGAAUGGACAACCCUAUGAGACGGAGAUUGAUGCUGAACCAAAGUACCUAGUGGCUGUCCAGCCAAUCAAACCCAAUGAUGUGAAGAAACAAUGCACAGGUAAAGUCAACCUGGACAAGCCUCUUAACCUGGUGAUUGGGACUGUCUCCCCAACCUCAGUGCUGCUUUCCUGGGGGCCAUAUACAAAGGCAACUUAUGAGGGCAACAUCAUGAAGGGCUGCCUGGAAGAUGGGUACUACACAAUCCGCUACAGAGAAAGGAACAGGAAGUGGAUCUAUCAGACGUGCCCCACCAGCGACACAGUCAUAGACAACCUGAAACCCAACACUCAGUACGAAUUUGGCGUCCGACCCAACAAAGAUGACCGCAGCGGCAUGUGGAGCAAACCAGUCAUCCACAGCACCAACAUGGCGGAUAAAAUCAUGCACAAUCCCUACAAGCCGAGUCAGACCAAGCCUGAGAAACCAAUGAUGCCGGGACCACGCACAGUGUUUCCACCACGGCCGACUCUGCACAACAGGACCCAGCCAAGACUCCAACCUCUUCACACAAAUCCUGCUUUUCCUGGAGCUCCAAAGACAUCUUUUGUGCCUCCUCUGGUUGAGCAGGAAACUGCACUUGCCCUUGGGUACAAUGAGCCCAAACAGUCUCAGCUAACACUGGACUCAGGCAGCCUUGCUAGAAAUGCCUCUUCGCAAGCUGGAGGGAUUUCUCUCGGCUUGCCACCUCUCCUGUCCACUCGAGCCCCUCACCAGACAACCACUGUCACCCCUCAGACCCCCCGUGAAGGCAGCGGGCGACUUGGCCUCUCCCAGACCAAGGCACCAAGUGCCACUCGCAAGACUUAUAGUUCAUCUGGUAAUUCUGGUAAAGGCUUUCCAAGAGACCAAAGCUUGUCUGUUCCACCCAAACCCUUCGAUUCAGUCAUAGUAGUGAGCAGCAGGAACCGGACGGCUGUGGGCAGAUCUCCUUUCUAUCCCUUCUAUAAUGGCAUGCGGCCUCCUUCUUUCCCCAGGGCCAACGAUUCAUCCAGAAGAUACGGGGUGAACGGACAACAUCAUAAAGGAAUGUCUUUCCCCAAACAAGUCACGUGGUCCAGAGCCAGAAUGGGUUCUCCUGCCCGACCUUCUUUCCCCAUCAAUAAAAAGCCCAACCUGGUUGGCAAGCCCAGUGGAAUAGGGGUACCAGACAAGUUGAUUGACCUGCACCAGGACAAAUCAUCUAUCCUGAAGCCAAAAGUCCCCAAUGUGACUGCCAAACCAGUCAAACCCAAAACAACCACUUCUCCGGUGAUUGCAACACAGUUUGAAACGUGGGAGAAUUCGUCUGCCUUCAGCUCGAUUCCAGCAUCCAAAGUCGACGCCAUGGGCAAAGAGCGCUUCAUUGCUCCUCAUGUAGUGUAUAAAACUGAUAAGAAACCAGACGAGCCAUGCUCCAUCACUACGUCCCUGAGCUACUUCCCUGAGGAAGAAGGAGGGGAAACCACAGUGACCGGUCCUCCCCGUACAGCUCCGUCUAACCUUACUGUGGUCACAGUGGAAGGUUGUCCCUCUUUCAUUAUCCUCGACUGGGAUAAAACAGACAAUGAAACCACAGAGUACGAGGUCAUCUCCACCACAAAAGGGCCUGAUGGAGAAAAGGUCUCCAUCCUGACCACCAACCAAACACACACAGCUGUGGAGAACCUCAAACCUGAGUCCAGUUAUGAGUUCACAGUGAAGCCAAAGAAUGAACUGGGCGAGGGGCCACCCAGUGAGCCGGUGACCUUCAGCACAGAGUCGGCGGAUCCCAGAGUGAGCGAGUAUGUUGCAGGCAAGGAUGCUAUCUGGACGCCAUUCCCAUUUGAGACGGACGCAUACUCAGAGUGCAAUGGCAAGCAGUAUGUUAAGAGAACAUGGUAUCGCAAGUUUGUCGGCAUCCAGCUCUGCAAUUCACUUCGCUAUAAGAUCUACCUGAGCGACUCUCUUAACGGUAAAUUCUACAACAUUGGGGACCAGACAGGCCAUGGAGAGGACCACUGUCAGUUUGUAGACUCCUUCCUGGAUGGACGGACUGGGACACAGCUGCCUGCAGACCAGCUCGAAUCUCGAUCAGGUUACUUCAGAGCUGUGAGGCAAGAACCAGUUCACUUCGGUCAGAUUGGAGGCAAUUCGCACAUCACUUAUGUAGCAUGGUACGAGUGUGGUACACCAAUCCCUGGAAAGUGGUAGAAUCCCAAAAUAUGUCUGAAGAAGUGAGAGAAGUGACUUUUAUUGGCUGAGAUGGUCACAUGCUGGUUAUUUUUCACCAGUGACUUGGUGGUAUGUGAUACCUCAACCUCUGGCACCUAAGUCCAAAACAUGUAUAAAGGUGUACAGUAUUGAAGAGUCAGGGACUUAUUAGCAGGUUUGUGUUGUAUAUGAAAGAACCAUGCCUCGCUGCCUUAUUUAUCACUAUUAAACAACAAGCUAGGAAAAAAACAAAAAAUAGAAUAAGGAACCAUACUAAAAAAUGACAUCAACUUCAUGUAAGUCGUGGAUCUUUCAAAAUAUGACUUUGGUUUAAAUAUUGGGAAGCUGGCUCCCUUAAAGUAUUUUGGUAAUUUUGUGUAAUAUUAUUUUUAUUAUUAUUAUUGUGUAAAGUUUGCGGUGCCUUGUUUCUGAGUGAGAGGGACUGGAAGACGCAGUGUUCUUCAUUCAUAUCAAACCAGUGAGAUAUUUUCCACACUCAUUAAUUCAUCCAUCUAUCCAUCCAUUUGUUCAUCCAUUCAUUAAGUCAUUCAUUCAUUCAUUCCUCAUUCAUUCACUCAUGUUACAUGUUACAAUUCAUUCAUUUAUCACCUUUUCUUCCUAAGCCCUGCUAUAGUGGGGGCUCUAGACUGUAAAGACCUUACACUUGCAAUUUGCACAACAUAAAUCUAUUUAUAUGUAUAUGGAGAGAGUAUUUUUUCAUUAAACAUAUUAAACAAAAA